AUGGAGCAGGUCGACCGCGAGCAAGUGACGAAGGCCGUCGAGGCGCUGCAGCAGGUGCUGCAGAAGAAGCGGGCGUCGGCCGCCAAGCAGGCGCUCGUCGAGGACGCCAACGUCUUCAGCCUCAUCGUGACGCGCAACACGGUCCCGCCCAAGUCGUCGCUCAAGCCCAUCUUGAUCGACCUCCCGCACUCGAUCCGCGCCGAUGGCGAAGCCUGCCUCUUCGUCAAGGAUGCCGACAAGAAGCGCAUCAAGGAGGCGCUGGCGCAGGACCCGGUCGACGGCCUCACCAAGGUCAUGGGCAUCAAGAAGCUCAAGAAGCACUUUGGCCAGUUCAAGGACCGCCGCGAGCUCAAGGCGUCGUUCGCGACCUUCCUCGCCGACGACCGUGUGCUCCCGUACCUCAAGACGCUCCUUGGCAAGACGUUCUUCGAUGCCAAGAAGCAGCCGCGCACGGUCGACGUCUCGGCCAAGAACGUCAGCGACCCGAUUCGCCGCGUGCUCGCGGGUACCGCCAUGUUUGUCUCGACGGGCCCGUGCUUCAACGUCAAGAUCGCCCACGACGGCCUUGAGCUGAGCCAGAUUGUCGACAACAUCAUCGACGGCACGGAGAUUAUUGUGAGCUACGUCCCGAAGAAGUGGAAGAACAUCAAGUCGAUCAGCAUCAAGACGAACGACUCGAUGGCGCUCCCGAUCUACAACGCGCUGCCCAACUCGGCCAAGCUCCCGACCGAAAUCAACAUCAAGCGCAAGAGCGAAGACAUCUCGACGGAGGCCCCGGCCGCCAAGAAGGCCAAGCAAGCCGAAGAAGAGACCAAGGCUAAGGAAGCCCCCGCCAAGAAGGAAGCUGUCAAGAAGGCUACCCCGGUGAAGGAGGCUGCCAAGGAGGAGGUCGCCAAGGAGGAAGCUGUGCCUGCCAAGAAGGAAGCUGCGCCUGCCAAGAAGGAAGCUGCGCCUGCCAAGAAGGCGGCCGCGGCCAAGAAGGUUGUCCCGGUCAAGAAGGCUGCGCCCAAGAAGGUCGCGGCGGCUGCGCCGGCCAAGAAGACGACUCGUGCCAGCGCCAAGAAGUAG